AUGGCCAUGCUCCGCAUCUUCCUUCUUCUGUUUCUGUGUAUCUUACCUGCUGCCCUGUCCUGCGAUGACCAGUCAAUCAACGAGCUCAAGGACAUCCUGUUUAAUGGCGACGGGGGGAUCGGAGCGGUGUGUGGAGUGUCCGCUCUGCCGUGCAGCAUUGACAAGACGAAGCGAUGCUCGGCCAAGUGCCAAGGGAAGUACAGCAACCUGACCAAGCUCUGCGUUGACUGCUUCUAUUCUCCUGUUUCCAACGAUCUUUGCAAGAAGGACCUCCUCAGUACUCUGUUCAUGUGCCUGGACGGGCUCAACUUAGAGUGUAACGGGGGUUUGUCGUACCCUACACAGAGCAUCGCUGUGCCGAGCAAGAGCGACAAGUCGUCAGUCGAGCUGCUCAACUACAUAGUCUUGCCCUGGGUGAACCUUGCUCUUGUGGUCUUGGUUUGGCUGUAUGUGAUCAGGAAAACGACCAACAGCAGAGGGUCCAGGUCGAGGCAAGACUGGAAAAGGAAGAAGAAUGAUUCGGCAAACAGCGAUGAAUCCGACGAAGAGAACUUGAGCACAUCGAGGAAUCAACGUAACGAUGUGACUGGAGAAAUACAGGAAGAGCAGGGAGAUACUCCAGCAGCACCCAACAUGCAAAUCUACGUGGACAAGAUGAAAUCGUCCAAGUCGCUCUCCUCAUUCAGGAAGUCAGACAACGACAGUGGAAGUGAGCUGGGUGAGACGCGGACGUCAGCAAGAGCGAAGAAUGAGAUCGGGGCCGCGAGAUCGGAGGAGAACAACGGGAACAGCUUCGGUCUCCCCUUCUUGAAACGAGCCUUCAAACAAGACGGCUCAGAGGACAAGCGAGACGUCGAAGCAUCUUUCAGCUUCAACACAAAUCAAGAUCCGUCACCUUCUACUGCCUCGGGCAUGAGACCUCCGGAGGCGAUUCAUGACGUCCGACCCUCGUCCUCCCUCCUCAACAGCAUCGAGCCAGCGACGCCUGCCAUGACCACACCGGGAGGCAGCGUGUUUGCCAAGAUGAUGUCCAACAUGUCGAUGGAGCAGCGGUCACAGUUCAGUGCCAUGAUGAACAUGUCACAGGAACAGAUGUCGGUACUGCCGGAGAGCAUGCGCAAGCAGGUCAGCAUGCUGCAGAACUUUAACAAGCAGCCUGCGGCGGCCCAGUCGGGAGGGCCGGAGGAGAGCACGCUAAUGUCCCCCAGAGACAUCUUUCCCAAAGUCGGGCCCUCCCCAGGUUGA